UACAACACCUGAUAGGUUUCAAAAAUUCCUGAAUUAUAUCACGUUUUUUCACCCACAGCCUGGGGUAAGUAUAAAACGCAGAAAAGCUGUAAACAUUGUUUGGUAUUUCUGGAUUAUUUUUUGCAUCAUUAAAUGUAGUAAAAUGUCUAAGAAAUAUACGUCAACUCUUGUAUGUGUCAAUGAUUACGAAGAGUAUGCACAAAAUAACUUACCAAAUAUGUAUUUUGAGUACUAUUAUGGUGGAGCUGGGCAAGAAAGAACUUUGGAAUGGAACAAAAUACAUUAUAGCAAAUAUCGUAUCAAACCAAAAUAUAUGCGCACAAUAAGAACUAGAAAUUUAUCAACAACUAUAUUGGGCAAGCCUGUAGCAUUCCCCAUAGGUAUAUCUCCUACGGCUUGUCAAAAAUUGGCACACUUUGAAGGAGAAUGUGCUACUGCAAAAGCUGCUCAAGACUUAGAAACCAUAUUUAUAUUGAGUUCACAUUCUAACUCUUCAUUUGAAGAGCUGGCAAAGGCUGCACCACAUGGAAAAAGAUGGUUACAAAUGUACCUAUUUCAAAACAGGGAAAUGACUAAGGAGUUUGCAAAACUAGCAGAAGCAAACGGAUUCGAAGCAUUGGUUAUAACCAUUGAUUAUACAAUGCCCGGUUUACGAAGACACAUGUUAAGAAAUGAAUUUGUGCUGCCACCGUAUGCAAAGUAUGUCCUUCUUGAAAGAUAUCAUGAGAGAAACGUAAUAUCAGCUGUUGUUAAUAUUUCUGAUCCGGACGCGGAUUGGAGUUAUGUUAGAUGGUUAACAACUAUUACCAAACUACCAAUUGUAAUUAAAGGGAUCCUUACAGCUGAGGACGCUGUUGCAGCAGCAGAUGUUGGAGCUUCUGCUAUCCUUGUGUCUAACCAUGGAGGUAGACAAUUAGAUAGUAUUCCAUCAACGAUAGAAGCAUUACCCGAGGUAGUAAAGGCAGUUGGGCAUAGAGUUGAAAUUUAUAUGGAUGGAGGCAUAAGAGAUGGUACUGAUGUAUAUAAAGCUUUAUCUCUGGGAGCUAGAAUGGUAUUUAUUGGCAGACCCGCAAUAUGGGGUUUGGUUCAUGGUGGGUCAGAGGGUGUUAAAAGUAUUUUGAAGAUUUUACAAGAAGAAUUAGAUAAUGCCAUGUGUCUCACAGGGUGUUCAGUUAUCAGUAAUCUAGAUCAGGAGAGAGUGGUCCACGAGAGUUACUAUGCGAGAUUAUGAGAAGAUUCACGUUUAUUCAUAAAACCUUUUGUUUUUUUUAGUAAAAGUACAAUUAUUUAGUCUUAUUAAUAUGGUAUGAUCUUCAGAAAAA